UUAGGAUCAGAUUGCUAAAUAGGGUACAAACACACCUUUAACAACACAGCUUUUGUUAGAGAACAAGUGGAAACAAAGAUUGCUGCUGAUGAUGGCUUCAACAACAACUCUGCUUUUAGUGGUUGUUUUUGUCUUUGAUCUCAUUGCUUUUGUUCUUGCUGUUGCUGCUGAGUUUAGGAUUGCAAAAGCAUCAUUAAAAUCAGAUGCAGAUGGUAGUACCUUUCAUUGUGUUUAUGAUUCAAAUUAUGCAACCGGCUUAGGUGUGGGCUCAUUGGUAUUACUCAUGGUUAGUCAGCUCCUUAUAAUGCUUGCAACUCGAUGCUUGUGCUGUGGGAUGGCUUUGAGACCUGGCCGUUCCAGGGUAUGGGCCAUCGUGCUAUUUGUCACUUGCUGGGUGACAUUUUUUAUUGCUGAGGUUUGCUUGCUGGGCGGUUCAGUGAGAAAUGCAUACCACACUAAGGACAAGUUUGCAAAGUCGGAUCUUUCUCGUUUUUGUGCAACCUUGAGUAAGGGAGUUUUUGGGGCUGGGGCUGCUUUCAUUGUCUUCACUGGCAUAGUCUCCGAGCUUUUUUAUGUUUACCACUCCAAGGCUACUAAUGAAGGCUUCCAACCUGCUAUAGACACCGGUAUCAGGAUGGGUAACUACAUGUGAACUCCGUUGCUACAGAGAGUCAAAAAAAAGUUGAAAGGGGAACAAAAAUCUGAUGCGUAAUAUAUGUCAUGAAUUAGUUCAAUAUUUUUUUUUACUGUUCCCUUUUUUUUUUUUUUUUGGUUAAGCACUGUUGGUGAUCUAGAUCAAUUUGAUUUAUUUACCCAUACAAAAGGUUCGAUAUCCAACAGCACGGGUCCUUUUUCUCAAAUUAUUCCGUUUUUCUACUCCCAAUGUGCUCUUAAUCAUUAAAUUAUGUCUUGAGAUUCAGGUUUCUCGCAAUUCUUAUAUAAUCCAAUGAGUAGAAGGGCAUUGGAAUAUCUUUUGCCUCGAUAUCCUUCCUCUCUAGGUCUUUUUGUGGAAGGUAAGUCAUGCAGAGUAGCUAAUGCGAGGGAAAUUGAACAUCAGAAAAUCAGGGCACUUGGUGUCAUUGGAACCAUUGAUGCUGUCCACUUAGCCUAAGUCUGAUCUGUUUGAGUUCAUUAAAAUUGUUCUUCACAGUCACUCAAUAAAAGAGUAUUUCAUCCAUUAGACCAACUCUUACUCAUUGAAAAUUACAUUAUGGUCCUUAUGAAUAUGAAUUAAGCCUGAGUCGCCUUCAUGUACUAGUUUCUUGCGACCACAAAGAAGGGUAUAGGAAGAUCAAUGUUGUAUCUAUUUCAAGGGGACACCUACAGAGCACAAGCCCCAUGCUAAUGUUUAGUUCAUUGG